GAUGUUACAUUGAUCUCCCAAAACACAUGGCGUAAGGUAGGAUGCCCACGCAUGUUGCUCGUAAUGCUUCAGGAGAAGUCAUAUGCAAUGUUCAAUUCGUGGGAAAUAAGUUCACGGAUGUUUGGUAUCUUACAAAUCGGCACGAUUUAGAUUUAUUAGGAUUAGACUGGAUUGAGCAUGUCGAUACCUUGAAUAAACUAUUAAAUGAGGUAUGUAUUCAAAAUGUUUCCUCUGAGUUUAUCCAAAUUCCUAAUGAUAUUUCUAAAUCAAAUGCCUCCGAUGUAUCAUGCUCCCUUGAUAUUCAUGAAUUAAAUGCUUCAAAUGUUCUCGUAAUAUUUCUGAGACAAAUACUUCCAAUGUUAUGUGUUCUCAUGAUGAUGCCAAAUCGAAUUCCUCCGAUAUAACAUGUCUUCAUAAUGAUCUCAAAUCGAAUGCCUCAGACAAAGUAUGCUCUGGUAAGACUUCAGAAUCUCAUGUAUUUCGUUCUAAUGUUAUGUCCACACCAAAGUCGUCUGUUUCCUCUCAAAUGUCAUCUGCAUCUCACAUGAAUCAUCUUCAACAAGAGCAUGCAGGUGCAUUUCAAGACAAACUAUGCUGUUUUUAUCAAACUGAUCACGCUUCACAAGGAUCACAACGUCAAGUAGUUUCACCUAUCUAUGCACUCAGUUAAGUGGCCGUUAUAAUAUGUUUUUUGUCAAGGGGGAAGAUGUUGUGAACAGGGAAACAAGAAGCCCUGAAAAACUACGAAAGCUAUUUUUCGGGACGUUAUUUCAUUUUAUUCAAGGCUUGUAAAACACUGACACUUAUUUGUGUCCCUAUUUUAUUCUACAGAACAUGAGCUUUCGUUCGAUGUGUCAUUCAUUUCCAU